AUGACGCUGAAAGAAUUAAACGGUAGUUCUGGUUUGCGCAUCUUGAUCGUUGGUGCGGGGAUCGGCGGUCUUACUGCAGCGAUCGCCCUGAGACAGCAAGGCCAUCAUGUAGAGAUUUUCGAACGUUCGCGCUUCGCCAAUGAAAUCGGCGCUGCUAUUCACUUGUCCCCAAAUGCAAAUGGCGUCCUGCGCCGUCUGGGGAUCGAUGCUACGAAGUUUGGGGCUGUGGAGACUGAGCUGUUGCGCGAAUACACUCCAUCCGGUGAGCCAGUCCACAUAACGGCUGUGAAGGACCAUGCGGAUAUGUGGAGACAUCGAUGGCUCCUUGUGCAUCGUGCUCAUUUCCACGAAGGACUGAAGACCGCAGCUACCGGUGCCGGCAAGGGCAAGCCUGCUAUACUUCACACCGCAAGCAAGAUCACCGAUGUUGAUGCCCAAAAUGCAACAGUGACUCUUGAAAAUGGCGAUGUCGUUGAAGGUGAUGUGUUGAUCGGUGCGGAUGGAGUCCACUCAAUGACUCGGACCAAGCUGUCAGACAAGAAGCCAAAAAGCUCGGGAAAGCAUGCCUUCCGCUUCCUUAUUAGCCGUCAACAGGCACUGGAUGACCCAGAGACCAACAGCAUCGCGCGCGACUUUGGCGCCGUCGAUAUGUGGGACUCGUCUGAUCGUCGUGUGGUGAUCUAUCCAUGUGCGAACAAUGAAUUGCUCAACUUUGUUUGUAUCCAUCCAGAGGAGUUGACGACCAUCGAGACCGAGGGUGAUUCGUACAAUCAACAUAUCGGCAAAGACACUUUGCUCGAUGUGUACAAGGACUUUAACCCACAAGUCCGCAAACUGCUGGAGAAGGCCGACCCGCAGACUCUCAAGCUGUGGCCUCUUUUGGAUAUGGAUACCCUCCCGUCGUGGGUGGAGGGCCGUCUGGCUGUUCUGGGUGAUGCUGUUCAUCCUUUCCUGCCCUACCGCGCAUCUGGCGGUGCAAUGGCGAUUGAAGAUGCUGUCUCACUGUCUGUGAUGCUAUCUGGUGACAUUACCGCCAGCGACGUUCCUGAGCGAUUGAAGGUGUAUCAAAAGGCACGCCAUGAACGCGCAACGACCAUCCAGCAGAUGACUCGCGAGUCAGUCACACUGGUCUCGCCUGAACGAUCAUUGCAAAUGGUCAGUUAUAUCUAUGGCCACGACGAGUUCGACCACUCCGCCCAGGUCCUCCGAAAGCACCUCUGGUCACAAAACCCGCACAUGUACUGGCGUCAGCCCAUCGUCUUUGGGCCGAUGCCCGGUCCCCGACAGGAUCAUAUGGGAAGGGACCGCGCACUCAAAUCCCUAGAAUCUACCUUCCAGACUGCCUCGAUUAAAUUCAAGACCAGCCGUACACUACUUCAAAACUUGUUCCCCUCCGAUCGGUACAGUUUCAUCUCCCCGUCCACCGUGGCGCGAGCCUCUUUCUCACAGACCACCCUCAACGGAAUGGACUGGCUGGGUGGUGGUGGAUACCGACACAUCGGACUGUACAUCCACGGAGUGCAGUACACCAAGGAGAACGGCGAGGUACUCAAGGGUACUUACAUGCCAAUUCUCUUCGAGAGUCUGGCAGACCCGAUUGUGUCGGGACGCGAAGAACUCGGCAUGCCGAAAUUGUACACGGCAAUUGACAUCCACGAGCGUAACAAGUCCUUCCGGCUACAAACGAGCUGGCAGGGAGCCGUGUGGGGCCAUCUCGAGUUCGAAGAUCUGGAAGAUCAAGAUCCCGCCGCGGACAAGGGGACGAUCGGUGGCGAGGACGACGACGGCAUCCUCGUAUACCGUUACAUGCCCAAGGUCGGCAAAAGCACCAAAGGUGAGGCUGAGGCGGAGUACCCUGUCUUUGUGCCCCAUGCGCAAGAGUCUAAGGUUGUGCCGUCGAAAGUGACGCGUCUGCGGCGGACCAAGAAUGCCAAAGUGGAGAUUAACGAGUUAAACUGGGACGCGCUCCCCACGCUUCAUCAUGUGGUGUCGCGGCUGGCGGAGAUUCCUAUUGACGAGGUGAUUGAUGCGAAGAUCACCGAGGGAAGAGGGGUUCCUGAUGUUUCAAGUGCUCAACGGAUCGAAUUCCUGCGGUCGUACCCUUUCAGCCAUCAAAGCAACAUUAGAGCGGAUUCUCCCGAAGGUGUCAUGCGUAUCACCGUCAGUGUCAUCCGCCCAGAUGCGGAUUCUGACAUCAUCACCCUAGAAGUCGGCGGAGAUAUGAGUAUCGAGCUCCUCAAAGCCAUCAUCGAAAGCGAAACCUCCAUCCCACCCGAAGCCCAACAGCUCGUCUACAACAACCAACUCCUCCAGAAUCCAGCACAAACCCUAGAUCAAGUUGGCAUCGGCGAAGGCGACAUGUUGGGUGUUCACGCCGCCAACCGCAGCGGUCCACCACAACUCCCUCCGCGUCCCAGCCCGGGCCCUGGCCCCAGCUCCGCACCGCGUCAGAACCAGAUGGCCCCCCGACCUGGCAUGCCCGAUCCCGAAACCAUCCGACUACAUAUCCUGGGCGAUCCGCGCGUGCGGGAGGCUGUCCGCCGACAGAACCCCGAGCUGGCCGAGGCGGCGGAUAAUGCACAGCGGUUCCGGGAGGUCUUACUCUCGCAGCAGCAGCGGGAGGCGCGCCAGGAAGCGGAGAAGGAGGCGAGGAUUGCGAUGUUGAACUCUGAUCCUUUUAAUCCGGAGAAUCAGCGCGAAAUCGAGGAGAUUAUUCGACAGAACGCCGUGACGGAGAAUUUACACAAUGCUAUGGAGCAUCAUCCUGAAUCUUUCGGCCGCGUUACGAUGCUCUAUAUUCCCGUCGAAGUCAACGGUCACCGACUGAAUGCGUUCGUCGACUCCGGCGCCCAGGUUACCAUCAUGUCGCCCGAGUGCGCAGUUGCCUGUAACAUCAUGCGACUGGUCGACCGACGCUACGGAGGUAUCGCCAAGGGUGUGGGAACCGCCCCGAUCCUGGGUCGUGUGCACUCAGCCCAGAUCAAGAUUGGAGAUAUGUUCUUGCCCUGCUCUUUCACAGUCAUGGAGGGUAAACAGAUCGAUCUGCUCCUGGGUCUGGACAUGCUCCGACGACACCAGGCAUGCAUUGACCUCCAGCGCGGGGCACUGGUAAUCCAAGACCAGGCAGUCCCUUUCCUCGGUGAGGCAGAUAUUCCCAAACAUUUGACGGAAGAGUUUGAGGACGAGCCUACUGUCAAGGGAUCCGAUGGGGCCGAGGUGGGUGCUCGGACUGGAGCGGUGACGCAUCAGGCAAGCCGACCGGGUGAGGGGAGCUCCAGUGCAUCCCAGGCUCCCCCGGCCCGGCCAUCACCUUCCACAUCGCGGUGGUCAGAGGAUUUAAUCUCCAAGAUCACAGAGCUAGGGUUCUCGCGCGGUGAGGCAGAGCAGGCACUCAACGCCUCCAAUGGCAACCUAGAUGCCGCAAUUGGAUGGUUGAUUUAA